AUGGAGUUCUUUAAAGCUGUCUGGGACAUUAUUAAAGAAGAUUUAAUGUUAGUCAUUAAGGAGUUUGAGCAUUCUGGUACAUUAGAUUGGAGACUGAAUUGUACCAACAUCAUUUUAAUUCCCAAGUGUGAGGGUGAUGUUAACAUGAAUGAUUUCAGGCCUAUAAGCCUAGUUGGAGGUGUUUACAAAAUCAUCAUUAAAUUGUUGGCAGAUAGAUUAAAAGUAGUGCUACCUACUAUAAUUUCUGAUUUUCAAGGAGCAUUUGUAGAUAAUAGGCAAAUCACAGAUGGCAAUCUUAUUACUUCUGAGAUUAUUGAUUCAAGAGAGAGAGAUAAUAAUCCAGGUUUGGUUGUGAAGGUUGACUUCCAGAAGGCUUUUGACAGCAUUAAUUGGGGGUGUUUGGAUUAUGCUUUAUCAAGAUUUGGUUUUGGAACUAAAGCUGCCACUUUGGAUUUAAUCUCUGGUUUCAGGCCUGCUCAUGAUGCUGCUGCUGUGAAUCAUUUACAGUUUGCAGAUGAUCUUAUUUUCUUCUUAGAGGAUAAGGUGGAACAGAUUGUUAAUUUGAAGAAUAUUUUGUUAGCUUUUGAGCUAAUUUCAGGUAUGAAGGUGAAUUUCAAAAAAAGUGCAAUUGUUGCGGUGGGUCCUGCUCAGUCUGCAGCUGAUAGUGCUAUCAGUUUUGGGUGUCAGCUUGCUGCUUUUCCUAUGAAGUAUCUUGGUAUACCCUUGGGAAGUAAAUCCAAAUCAGUGGGAGUAUGGGAGAAAAAGAUGGAUAAGAUAAUGAGAUAUUUCUUGUGGGGAUCUUCAAACAAGAAAACUAAAAAGAGUUGGGUUGGUUGGAGGAAUGUAAAUCUACCAAAAGAGGGAGGUGGUGUUGGUAUUAAAAAGUUAAGACUGAUGAACAAAGCAUUACAUGCUAAAUGGGUUUGGAGAUAUGGAGUUGAAGAUAAGGCUCUUUGGAGGAAUAUAAUGAAUCAGAAGUUUGGAGGUAAUCCUAAAGCUUUUUUUCCAAACUCAACUACAAAUGUAGUUGGAAAAAGAUUAUGGACUAGAAUUCUAAAGAGUAGUUCUCAUGUUUUAAACAGUACUGCUUUACAUAUUAAUAGUGGUGACAAAUGCUUGUUUUGGAAGGAUCAGUGGGCAAAUGGUUAUUCUUUGAAAAACUUAUUUCCCGCUCUUUACAAAAUCAGCAGAUCAAAAGAUGCUACUCUACAAGAUUUAUAA